CGAGCGCUAUCAAUCUGCUCGCAUCCUGCUGCAAACUAGGAUAAGCCACCACCACAACAACCUUCACUUCACUUUCACGUUCAUUUAGCCCCUCUCUCUCUCUCUCUGACACACCGACCAGCAGCGUCCUAUGAUUUGCCUGCCUGAGAUGCGAUUUCGCUCUCCCCUUUCCCGGAGAAUAUCGUCCGUUACUCCCCACUGAAAGACCAUGCCCGAGACGGGGGCGGCGGGAGCAGCAGUCCCUGCAGCAGCGGGUAGCAGCUCCUCCGACAGCAGUGGUGGCACCGAGAGCUCGCGGCACAGACACCGAUCGCAAGGCGAAGGGGAAAAGACAGAUCAAAGUGCUGCCUCCUCGCAGCCAACGUCAUCUGGUGUACUGGAUAAGUUAUUUGGGAAGCGGCUGCUGCAGGCUGGGAGGUACAUCAUGUCUCAUAAGUCCUGGAUGAAGACCGUGCCCACUGAGAACUGUGACGUCCUCAUGACUUUCUCAGACCGGACAGAUGACCACACGUUGCUAUGGCUACUAAACCACAUGCGCCUGGGCAUUCCAGAACUCAUCGUCCAGAUCCGACAUCACAAACACACACAUGUACACGCCUUCUUCGUCACGGCAACUUACGAGAAUUUGUUGCGCGGGGCAGAGGAGAUGGGUCUGAGGAAGUCAUUGAAGCCAGAGUUUGGGGGAGGAACACGCAGCUUCUCCUGUGAAGAAGACUACAUCUAUGAGAACAUUGAGAGUGAACUAUGCUUCUUCACAUCACAGGAGAGGCAGAGCAUUAUCAAGUACUGGCUCAACAAUCUACGAGCCAAGCAGGGGGAGGUGCUUCAUAACAUACACUUCCUGGAGGGACAGCCAAUCAUCCCAGAGCUGAGUGGGCGGGGUGUGAUCCAGCAGGUGUUUCCUCUCCAUGAGCAGAGGAUCCUCAGUCAGCUGAUGAAGUCCUGGGUGCAGGCUGUGUGUGAGAAACAGCCACUAGAUGAUAUUCGUGACUACUUUGGGGUGAAGAUAGCCAUGUACUUCGCCUGGCUGGGGUUCUACACCACGUCUAUGCUGUAUCCUGCUGUCAUCGGCUUCGUGCUCUGGGUUCUCACCGAGUCUGACCAGACGAGUCGUGAUAUCUGCUGUGUGGUGUUUGCACUGUUUAACGUGGUGUGGGCCACACUCUUCUUGGAGAGGUGGAAGAGAAGGGGGGCGGAGCUGGCCUAUAAGUGGGGUACGCUGGACACCCCUAACGAGUCCCUAGAGGAACCACGGACGCAGUUUAGGGGUGUGAAGCGGUGCAGCCCCAUAACAGGCUGUGAGGAGUUUUACUACCCACCAUGGAGGAGGAGGGUGUUCAGGUGGCUGGUCAGCCUGCCCAUCUGCAUCCUGUGUCUCUGCUUUGUGUUCCUGGCCAUGCUCCUCUGCUUCGAACUGCAGGAGUUUGUAAUGGGGAUUAAAGAAGUGCCUCGUCUGGCGCGGUUCAUCCCUAAGAUCAUGCUGGCCAUCACUGUGACGGCCUGUGACGAGGUGUACAGGAAGAUAGCCUACUGGCUCAACAGCAUGGAAAACUAUAGACUCCAGAGUGCCUAUGAGAAACAUCUCAUCAUUAAAUUGGUUCUUUUUCAGUUUGUAAACUCUUAUCUCAGCCUUUUCUACAUUGGAUUCUACCUCAAAGACAUGGAGCGUCUGAAAGAGAUGCUGGCCACCCUGCUGAUCAUCCGCCAUUUUGUCCAGAACGUGAAGGAGGUGAUGCAGCCUUACCUGUAUGAGCGCCACAAGCUGGGCGAGCUCACCCUGCGCAGCGUCUGGGAUCUGCUCCUCUCAGCCCUGCUCAAGUACUGCAGGCUGGCCGCAGGAAAGCCCCAGGCUUCACCCACCGACCAGGCCAUGCCGGGCCCUGGCCUGAGGGGAACCAGACCCGGGGUGGGACAGCCUGACCGCAGGGAGAAGAAGUGUCUGAACGGGGGAUGUGGGGUGCCUGAGGAGGAGGAGGGAGAGAGGGAGGAGGGGGACAGUGGGAGGUUCAGUGAGGGAGAGAAUGAGGAAUCGUCUGAGAGUCUGAUAGACUGUGGCCUCAAGCUGAGGAAGGUCAGCUUCAUAGAGAGGGGGGACAGGAAGUCGUCUGGAGGGGGCUGCAUCCCCACAAUGGAGGACAGUUUCCUGGAGGACGGCAGCCCCACUAUGGUGGAGAAGGGGAUGGAUCCGGCAUCGGUGUUCGAGACAUAUGAUGAUGACGAUGACAAUGGCGUCACUGAGACAAAGGACACGGGAGUUUCGGCCAAUGAGAGUAUGGCGGCUGCCCCGCUGCCUUCUGGGCCAGAGAGCACGGUGACGGUGCGUCAUCAUAGAAGGCAGAGGAGUUUGGAGAGGGCAGACUCUAAAACCAAGCGGGAGUCAUGGAUCGACCCGCCAGAGGAGCAGGAGAGUACGAGUCUGGCACAGGCUGAGAUGGAGAGCUGCAUGCAGACAUAUGAGGACACCUUCCAGGACUACCAGGAGAUGUUUGUCCAGUUUGGCUACGUAGUUCUCUUCUCCUCAGCCUUCCCCCUGGCGGCCAUGUGUGCCCUCAUCAACAACAUCAUCGAGAUCCGCAGCGACGCCUUCAAGCUCUGUACCGGCCUGCAGAGACCCUUCGGCAAGAGAGUGGAGAGCAUCGGACAGUGGCAGACGGCGAUGGAGGCCAUGGGUCUGAUCGCCAUCAUAGUCAACUGUUACCUGAUUGGUCAGUGUGGUCAGCUGCAGCGCCUCUUCCCCUGGCUCAGCCCUGAGAUGGCCAUCAUCUCCAUUGUCAUCCUUGAGCACUUUGCCAUCCUGCUGAAGUACAUCAUUCACGUAGCAAUCCCAGACAUCCCCAGCUGGGUGGGGGAGGAGAUGGCCAAACUGGAGUACCAACGCAGGGAGGCUUUUAAAAAGCACGAGCGGCAGGCGCAGCAGCACUACCAACAGCUACAGAGGAGGAAGAGAGAGGAGGAGGAGAGGCAGAGGCAGACGGAGCACCAGGCUCGCAGGGAGAGGGAGAGAGAUGAGGGGAAGGACUCCUCUGGGGGAGACCACCACCACGACAAGAGCCACGGGGGGAAGUCCCGCUCUGGAGGGGGUGGAGGUGGGGACAAGCCCAAGAGGCCCAGCUCCCUCCUGGCCAACAACAACGUGAUGAAGCUCAAACUGAUCACCCCCUUACAGAGCAAGUUCUCCUCUGGCAGCGCACGCUCCCCUCAGUCUCCCACAGGAAACGAACCCAAGCUCCCCGGGUUCCUCAGCUUCAAGUUCCUCAAGUCGCCUGAGAAUAAGAAGGAAGCGGCUGCUGCCGCUGCAGCUGCAGCCACGGCAACGAAUACCACGACGACCGCGACCGCCCCCGGCGGUAACCAGGAGCGGUCUCAGUCACCUAGCAAGUCGUUCAACCCUGGGAAACUAUUUAACUUUGGGAAGUCAGAGGGGGGCCCCUGUGUGAAUGGGUCCCAGUUACCCCGACCAGGGGAGGGUUCCCAGGGAUCUGACAAACAGCUCACCAAGUCUGACCUGAAUGGGGUGCCGGACGAGAUCCCCUCGCCUGGAGGGGAUGAGGGGGAGAACGGACAGCACACAGACUCCUCAGACCCUAAAGUCUAGGCUCUCUUUGCAUAGGGAGAUGACAAACUACUAUGAGAACUUAACUUAAUAUAUCUACUAGAAGGAGAAAUGUAUGGGGAGAAAAGGUCAAGCCUCUCUCUGUGCUUUCUGGAUCUGAGGUUGUGUAUGUAGACGCUGCCUGGGGGCUGUGGGGGGGAGGACUAAUGGUAAUGAUGAUGGGAUGUGUGGGUCUGCAUUGUUGCUGUUGCUGAGAGACUUUCAGGCUUAAUGGUGAAGACAUAACCCACCCUUUUACCCAUGGCCACACACACGUACACACACACACACACACAUACACACACACACACACACACACACACACACACACACACACACACACACACACACACACACACACACACACACACACACACACACACACACACACACACACACACAUGCACACACGCACACACACACAUACACACACCCACACACACACACACACACACACACACACACAUGCACACACGCACACACACACACAUACACAUGCACAUGCACACACACACACAGAAUCCUCUCUUGUCUGCAAUACAUAUAGAAAUGCAUGAGCUGCAUUUCUGAUACUUUCCGAGCAUUUUCCAAAAAAAGGGAGAGCAGUGUUUCUUGAUUUAUUCUAUUCUGAAAAUUGUAAGCAUCCUGGUGGCCAUCUUGCCACUGAAACAUAACAUCCUGGUUUUGAAGGUCAGAAGAAAAAAAUGGAUUGGUGUGUGUGUGAAUCAAAAACAUAAUGAGACCUUUCACAGUCACCACACAAUGGUGGCCUGAUAUCAGACUCACUUUUAACUGUGACGGUCGAUCGGCUUUUCUACUUAAUACGAACCGGCUGUGCUAGCCGAGCAAUAUCAAAACAGUGUUUCAAAUCUGAGCAGUACUGCAAAACACGUCCAGUUCUUUGUUUUUCACCCACACUCCCAUCUGAAGGCAUACGUGAGCAGUCAUGAGUUUUGUAUAUACAGUACAUCCCAUGAAAACAACGGCAAUAUCUGAAGUGUAUGUCUGACACAGUGCGUGGGAAACAGGAUGUUGUGUUUGACGUUGUGAAAGGCAAAGAUGAAAAUCGUUUGAUAAAAGACAGGCUUUGUCUUGCAUCAGUAUGAGAGAGAGAAAAGAGAGAGAGAGAGAGAGAGAGAGAGAGAGAUAAUGAAAUAGAAUGAAAGAGUUGUUUUGACUGAUGCCACAGGAUGUUGAUGUGGAUUAUACAGUACACCGUAUGUAUCAUGGAAAGUCUGGGUUCCUGUAGUUUACUGUGUGCCAUUCUAAUCUCUCCCCAUUCAAGCCUGCAGAGAGACAUUCUACACAGUAUACUAAUGGCUCUCCAUUUCAGCACACAGAUCUGACUAGAUGAGUGAGUAGACUAGACAUAGAAAGAGAGAAGAUUUGCACUAAACUCUGAUGUUCUGCACUGAGACAGCAGAGCCUGUUCUGACUGCAGGUGUAAGGAAGAACUAUACCGGUCUGCCUCACAACACAACAUAACAUAUACAAACGUUGGGUUUUAUUAUCGCUAGUAUCUUGUACUGUAGAUGCUGUCGUCAUUUCAUCCGAAAUCCUUAGUUCCUAAAUCCCAGGUGGCUGCUGGUCCCCAUCCAUUCAUUUGAGAGCUGAUAAUAUAUUUUCUAUUGUUUAUUCUAUUUAUUUCCAAUGGAAUUUGUUGCCAAAGCGUCACCUUUCUGACUACACUGGCAGUGAUAGCAUAGAGAUGACAGAUUUCUAAAUUCCUUUUGUAAACCAAUCCAAAGGGAUUAUUCAACCGUUUUCUUUUCUAUAAUGUGUCCAGAGGAUGGUGCCAGAGUACAAGACAGUGUUUUAUACAUCUAACUUAGAGUAGGAUGAAGUGACCCCAAGGUCAGUUUUGCGUUCCCCAACCCUAUUGCUAACGUUAGGAUUUGGGGACGUUAAUCUAAUGUUACAUCUGUGCAUAUGAACUCAUAUUAAAUCCCAGUCUUCAUUGAAAAAAAAGAACCAUGGCGCUCCACGGCAAGUGAGAUUCAGCACAGCGUUAGAGAGACAGAAACAUGAACUAUGCACCUCCACUUCAUCCUCUCUGGCUAAGAUCUUUGCAAUAAUACAGUGUUAGAGGGACAGUGGCACAGACACAACACUAGUCUAUUACUGGUCCAUGCCUUCAGUACUACAUCUCUUCAGACUGUGUUCCACCAAUAGGAUCUCUUAGUACUCCACCUCUUCAGACUGAGUUCCACCAAUAGGAUCUCUUAGUACUCCACCUCUUCAGACUGAGUUCCACCAAUAGGAUCUCUUAGUACUCCACCUCUUCAGACUGAGUUCCACCAAUAGGAUCUCUUAGUACUCCACCUCUUCAGACUGAGUUCCACCAAUAGGAUCUCUUAGUACUCCACCUCUUCAGACUGAGUUCCACCAAUAGGAUCUCUUAGUACUCCACCUCUUCAGACUGUGUUCCACCAAUAGGAUCUCUUAGUACUCCACCUCUUCAGACUGAGUUCCACCAAUAGGAUCUCUUAGUACUCCACCUCUUCAGACUGUGUUCCACCAAUAGGAUCUCUUAGUACUCCAUCUCUUCAGACUGUGUUCCACCAAUAGGAUCUCUUAGUACUACAUCUUUUCAGACUGUGUUCCACCAAUAGGAUCUCUUAGUACUCCAUCUCUUCAGACUGUGUUCCACCAAUAGGAUCUCUUAGGACUACAUCUUUUCAGACUGUGUUCCACCAAUAGGAUCUCUUAGUACUCCAUCUCUUCAGACUGUGUUCCACCAAUAGGAUCUCUUAGUACUACAUCUUUUCAGACUGUGUUCCACCAAUAGGAUCUCUUAGUACUACAUCUCUUCAGACUGUGUUCCACCAAUAGGAUCUCUUAGUACUCCAUCUCUUCAGACUGCGUUCCACCAAUAGGAUCUCUUAGUACUCCAUCUCUUCAGACUGUGUUCCACCAAUAGGAUCUCUUAGUACUACAUCUUUUCAGACUGUGUUCCACCAAUAGGAUCUCUUAGUACUACAUCUCUUCAGACUGUGUUCCACCAAUAGGAUCUCUUAGUACUCCACCUCUUCAGACUGAGUUCCACCAAUAGGAUCUCUUAGUACUCCACCUCUUCAGACUGUGUUCCACCAAUAGGAUCUCUUAGUACUCCACCUCUUCAGACUGUGUUCCACCAAUAGGAUCUCUUAGUACUACAUCUCUUCAAACUGUGUUCCACCAAUAGGAUCUCUUAGUACUCCACCUCUUCAGACUGUGUUCCACCAAUAGGAUCUCUUAGUACUCCACCUCUUCAGACUGUGUUCCACCAAUAGGAUCUCUUAGUACUCCACCUCUUCAGACUGUGUUCCACCAAUAGGAUCUCUUAGUACUACAUCUCUUCAAACUGUGUUCCACCAAUAGGAUCUCUUAGUACUCCAUCUCUUCAGACUGCGUUCCACUACCCAAUAUAGGGUCUCCAGCUGACCUGGAUUCUCAGUGUGGGUAUCAAUAGGGAACAUCCCAUCACUCCAUCUGGGCUGAAAAAAAACACACAAAAAAACACACACACGCGCGCUCCCCUGGUACUAUAUUCUCUUCAUCUCUGAUCAUCUCUCUCUGUGCUUUAAAUAUGAGUUUAACUAAAAUGCCUGUCAAAUAUGCAUUUUGGCCUAAAACAUACAUAGCCUUCUGUCAUUUAGCAUGGAUUGCCUAUCUAUAAUGUACUUCAAGCUACAACAUAAUGGCAAGGCUCAUGCUUCUGCAUUGAGACUGAAUAUAGCAUUUUCAUGAACAUAGUGGCAACAGUAAGAAUUGAGCUCUGACUUACUGAACUAGUUGUUGUAGUUACAUCUCUGACUGACUUAACUAGUUGUGGUAGUUACAGCUCUGACUGACUGAACUAGUUGGGGUAGCAGUAGCAGUUACAUGGGAUUUGAGCUGGAAAGGCACUUCAAGGCAAUAAGGAAAGAGAAAUAGCAGUUUGUGUGGGAGUGAGUGACGUUUGUGUGGGAAUGAGUGACGUUUGUGUGGGAGUGAGUGAUGUUUGAUCUCACCAUCACAUUUCCUCCUCCCUCUACAGCCAAUUAAGUCAUUAUAAGGACACCAUUUGGUUAAUAUCGUCAGCAUCAUCAUUCAUUUGUCAAUAAUGCCAAAUAACUAGGCCACGGAUGAGAGACACGAUUGAGACAUUUCUCAUUUUCUGUAGUGAAGCAGAUGCUGUCAGACACGUGUUUGAUUAGAUGAUCUGUCGUAGGCCAUUGUCAGUAACAAUCAUCCACGGUACAACUGCCUGCUGUGCUACUGGAACACACUGGCUUGGUUUCUGGGUUUCUUUCACCUUUGUUUCCCCCCAUCUCUGAUCGAAAAGAACUGAACAUGUGAAAGCAAAUUCCCAGCAGGCAACCAACAUCUUGCUUUGACCUGGCCUUCCUUUUUCACAUCGGUGCAGACGAAGGAAAAGGGACAAAGAGCUAAGUAAGACUAUUGAGAUGCAGCCUUUGUUGGGUCAGCGGCCAUCAUGGUGCGUGACCUUUGGUCUCACUGGACACGUUAACCCUCAUGGUUAGGUUUUAUCAGACAGAGCUACUUUACUGAAGUAGAGAAACGGCUCAUGUCAGUAUCAAUGGAACUAUGUCAUUUCAAAUGGGUAGGAAGUGCUCUGAACGGCCUUUACCUUUUGAUGUUCUAUCACUGCACUGCUUAGUUACGAAUGCUUAGAAUGGUUGUGAGACGAGAGCAGAGGGAAUGUUGUUAAUGUGACAUUGUUUGGGACAGUUGUCUAAAUCCAGUCUCUAAAGCAGUGUUACUUUACAGUAUUGGUUUGAUGGGAUAGCCUGACGGGGGCCUCAUCGUUGAACUGGACAGUAAGAAGUGGAUGAGGUGAGAUGUACUGUACACCUACUACCAGUAUGUACAACCCUUCCCGUUCUAACUAAAUAAAACAUCUUCAUAACAGCCUCACUAACUGACCAGACAUCAUGUGCUCUUCCAAUGUACCACUGUACAAAAACAAAAAAAAUAUUUUCAAGAAAAAUAUGAUACUGGGAAAUGGGAUUAUUUAUUUCUUUUAAUUUAUUUUGUCAUAUUUUUGUAAGAUCUGAAAUAUAGAUAAUAAAACAAUUUUAAAUUGAAA